GGCCUCACGUGGACGAUCACAGCCGGUCGCUGCGGUUCCGGCAGGCGCGUCAGGGCCCGCGCGGCCACAGCGUUCAGCCACGCCGACACUGCAAAGCGGCAUGGCUCCGCAGGUCAUCCAGCGACACUCCUUGGGAGGAGCCUUCAUGCAGCGACCAGGCAUUGCAUGA